CCGAGUCCGCGCCCCGCACCCCACCCUCUGCCACCGCCCGCUCGCGCCCCCGUCCCACCAGAGACCGGCCCGCCGCCGAUGCGCCGGCACCGCGCCACAAUGACGUCGUCCGGCGCCCCUCUAGCCAAUCGCCGCCGUCUCUCUCGCCGAUCCGGGCCACGGCCUGUCCCUUCGCCCGCCUGCGAGCCUGAGCUUCGCACUGUUUCCCUGACUGCUUCGCAAGACUAGCCGAGGAUGCGAGCCUGGACCCCAUUCUCGCCCGCCGCGUUGCGCCCUCCUCCUCAUACAUAUUUCCCAGUCAGUUCGCCGUCCUGUUGCACUCGUUCGCCCACUCGCAGACGACGUGCGCGUGGUGCGCAAUCUUCCUGCGUUGGAGCCCGCGACGCGCUCGGCAUCCCCUGCGACGCGCCUUAUUCUUUGGCACUCCACCGUCGCGCGGCUCGAGCGGCGGCCCAUCAUCCAUCAGCGACAUCUGCCGCAUCAACGGGAAAGGCUGGGAUCGGACGUUCUACCGCGGACGAGUGUACCGGACGGCGUCGCGCGUCGGCGGGCCUGGGCCCCGCGACUCGAACGUCUGACCGAAGUCCCCGAAGGCGCAGCGGUCUGACCGUGCGUUCGAAAAGGUGCAGGCUGAACUCGACGGCGUUCCCUAGGCGAUGCGCGUGCUUCACCGUGCUCUCGCAGCUAUCAUACGUCAUGCGCGUUCUGCGGCCCUGGAUUGUCCUGCGGCCGUUCCGAGUUCGUGCACGGUGCUUCGAAGUUCGCGAAGGGCGUGGAAGUGGAAUCGAGCGCACUUGGCUGUGGCCGGCCUUUCUGCCCUCCGAUUUCCAUUCCCGGGCACCCACUCCCAGACGGACGGUGCAAGUCUGUUUGUGCGUCUAGCUCGGGACGAUGAUGUCAGAGGUUCCUUCCCUUAGAAGACCGCCCUC